AUGGAUCAAGCCAUCGUGAACCUUACGGCUUCCGUAAAUAACAUGGGCGAGGGCCAAGAGGCAAAUGAAGAAGACGUUGCGCCAACCAGUGAGGUUGGAAAGUCUGAGAACACUGAAGAUGUUGAAGGAGAUGUUGUAGCCGAGGAGGCAGCAAAUCAAGUGGAAGGCAUAUUGGCAGACAUCUAUGUAUCCGACCAUGGUCGGCAACCAACCAUUAUUCUGGGUAAAAUUGUUAAUAUUGGUGGUCAAUAG